CGCCUCGCUGAGAUGCCCGGGACGGUGCUGCUGCUCUGCCUGGCCCUCGGGCCGGUCCUGCGCGCCAGGUGCGAGAGCACAGAGGAAUAUGAUUACGAUUACCUCAGCAUCAACAAAACCUGGGUCCUCACCCCCAAGGCACAGGAGACAGAUGCCACACAGAUCCUCAACUCGCUGCUGAAGAACUACGACAACAAGCUGAGGCCUGACAUUGGCAUCAAGCCCACGUUUAUCGAUGUGGAUAUCUACGUGAACAGCAUUGGGCCAGUGUCUGUCAUCCAGAUGGAAUACACCAUUGAUAUCUUCUUUGCUCAGACAUGGUAUGACCGGCGCCUUCGUUUCAACAGCACCUUGAAGGCCCUCACACUGAACACCAACAUGGUGAGCCGCAUCUGGAUCCCAGAUACCUUUUUUAGGAACUCCAAGAGGGCUGAUUCCCACUGGAUAACCACCCCUAAUCAGCUUCUCCGCAUCUGGAAUGAUGGAAAAGUGCUCUACACGCUCAGGCUGACGAUCGAGGCUGAAUGUCUGCUCCAGCUGCAGAAUUUCCCAAUGGACACUCACUCCUGCCCUUUGGUUUUUUCCAGUUAUGGUUACCCACGGGAGGAGAUUGUCUAUCGCUGGAGGCGCUACUCCAUUGAAGUCUCCGACCAGCGCACCUGGAGGCUCUACCAGUUUGACUUCACGGGGCUGAGGAACACCUCAGAAGUUCUCAGGACUGGGGCAGGGGAGUACAUGGUGAUGACCGUUUCUUUUGACCUGAGUAGACGUAUGGGUUAUUUUGCCAUUCAGACCUACAUUCCCUGCAUCCUGACUGUUGUUCUCUCCUGGGUUUCCUUCUGGAUCAAAAGAGACUCUACACCAGCCAGGACAUCUCUGGGUAUCACUACUGUGCUAACAAUGACCACCCUGAGCACCAUCUCCCGCAAGCACCUUCCCCGUGUUUCCUACAUCACAGCCAUGGACCUCUUUGUCUCUGUGUGCUUCAUCUUCGUCUUUGCAGCUCUCAUGGAAUAUGCUACACUCAACUACCUGGUGGGAAACAAGAAACCACUGGGGCACAACAACAGGAAAGCCAGGCUGCCGACUGCCGGUGCACAGGUGAUGCCAUCCUUUACCACUAUCAACAUCAACAACAUCAUGCACUGGCCUCCAGAGAUAGAGGAGGAUGAGGAUGAAGACCCUGGCUCCCCCUGCCUGGAAGGGAAGGAAUGUGAGAGGUUCUUCUGCUGCAUCGAGGACUGUCAGACAGGAACGUGGCGGGAGGGGAGAGUCCGCAUUCACAUCUCCCGCCUGGACUCCUACUCUCGUGUCUUCUUCCCCACUGCCUUCCUGCUCUUCAACAUUGUCUAUUGGAUUGCCUAUCUCUAUCUCUAGCCAUUCUUUGUCCUCAGCUGAAAUGGACUGGAGACCAGCACGAUGGGCUUCUCAAGGAGCGUAGAGAACAGCAUCUCUUCCGUUGCAGUCAAUUCAAUCUGAACAAUCCAACCUGGUGAUUCCCUGAGCUCUCAUCUCUUCUGAGAAGAACCAGACAGCUUUUUUUUAGCCUUCUAACAUAUAUUUUUAGAAAAUCUACUCUCCCCAAACAACCCUCUCUCCAGCACCACCAGCAUUUUAUGCCUUGUAAGAUUGCCCCAAAACAUCCUACUCCCAUUGCAGAUAUUAGGGAUUCUGUCAAAAAAAGAAAAACUUCAUGUGUUUCAUUUUUCUAUCUAAUCCUAGUCCACAAUUUCAUGGGAAGUGAUGGCAAAGGGAGUUUUCUGCGUAUUUAUUAAGACUGAAAAGGAAAUCAUGUAUAUCUUAAACUUCUGCACCAGAAUAGACUUCAUGGAGAGCUAGAGGGUUGGAAAGGUCAGGAGGAAAGAAGCGUGAAAGAGCACAGCAGUACAGUUUUCCCACAGUACCUGGACUUGGCUAAAAUGUUUUGAACCUGCCCAAAAAGCUGACAGUGGCAAUGACAACGAUGGAAUAGCUGCAAGUCUCCACCAGUUCCCCCUAGAAUAUCAGUGGAACACUCCACUUGUUGUACCAAGUGGCACCCAAGGCAUCCACCCACUGAAGCGCUGCUGGUUCUCAUCAGGUGGUGGUAAAAAGCACUUCACGAGUUUGAAGGGUCCAUCUGCCUUUGUGGAGCAGACUCUCAGGGCCCACAGUGACAUUCUGCUUUCUGAUCAGGACUUUGAGCAGGCUAUGCAGCUUAUGUUGGGCAUAACCAAAAGACAGAGAAAAUCCUUAGGCUACAAAGACAGAAGCAGCCUCCUGAGCCACCUGAGGUCGCUUUCUUUGGCCUGUCUCAUGUGACAGACCCUAUUGUACAUGCAUCACAGUGGGACAGUGCUCUCCUUCACAAGGACACGUGUGGAAACCAUCAGAUCUGUGCUUGGUAGUAGGUGCUAACCUGAGAAAGGGGUACUAGAAAAAUGAACACAACCAGCUACCAACUACACACUCAUUUCUGCACCUACCAGUGGUGGGGAGAGAACAUUCCUCCAGCUCCAGUGUGUCUCUUUCUUCUUCUUAAUAAUUAGAUCAAAAUCAGACUUCACUAGAACUGUAUGGCUUCCCCCACUUGCCACCAAUAAUUAGCCCUCUUCUUCCUAAAAUCAGGAAAUGCGGGGAGUCAUGCUUGGUAGAUUUCAGGAAGGUCAGACAGAGUGAGAUGGUUCCUUAUGGUCCAUCUCGAAGGGCUAGGGAAAUGCAUAGUAACAGUCUCAAUGGACAACAAACUGCACCAAACAGAAGAGGAAAACCAGGCCCAAGGCCCAUAAUGUGUAAAUCAGCUGUCUCCUCAAUUAUAUCAACUGCUGAUGUGGUCCCCACCAUGACUGGGAAAAGCAAUGUGCCCUUAAUAGUUGCUUACUGUGUAAAUUACAAACAAAGCCCAAAAAAUCCUUUUAAAAACGGUAUGUUUUAGAAAAAAAUUGGUACUUACAAGGCUUGUCAUGAGGAGAAAGCUGGUGUGGCUGCAGAGGAAGUUAGUGACAGUUGGCUCACAGGACAGUUAAUGGGCAGGAGGUUCUAGGUAUUCUUAGAGAGCAAUUUGAUCUGGUUUAAAGAGAGAUUUUGACACUCUUCAAUCUGAUCUGAAUAAUGAAGUGUCAUGUUUAAUUCAUUCAUAACAGCCUUUCCUUGGUUCCAGAGGAACAGCUAGAGCACCUAAUUAAGUAUACAAUAGUACACCACUCAGCUAAGUAUAACCUAAUGGGGUCAGACCAGCAUAGCUCUGGAAAGGGAAAUUGUGCCUGUCUAACCUGUUACAGUUCUUCUUUCAAAAAUACCAAGUAAGAGAUAAAGGUUACCCAGAAGCAUAAUUUGCUCAGCUACUCCGACAGCUUUUGAAAGGCUGGGAAGAAAUUAUGGCGGGUGGUUCUAACUGAGGAAAUUGAUUUAGCAAAAGAAUUAUUAAGGAGGUUCUAAUUAGGGGAAAUUAACUGAGGAGGGGGGGGAAGGAAUUGUUAAGGAGGCUCUAAUUAGAGGAAAUUAAUGUUUUAGAGAGUAAGACACAGAGAGGGGGAAGUCUAAGAAAGGAAUCAAAACAAGUUCCAGACAAGGAGAGCUGCUGGGUGACAGCGUCGACUCCCAGCCACACGGCUGGAUGUUCUGCUCCUGACAGCAAAGCUCUAUUAGAUGGAGCACCAGAAAAACCUCCUAUGACUCAACCAUACACUGACAGGGAUUAAACAGGGCCCUGUGAUCCCUGUGGGGAGCCAAAAGGAAACAGCAACCUAUAUUAAAACUGGCUCGGGAGGCAGGCUGAGUGAAGCAUGUCUUCACAUAGCAGAAGGCAGCUGCUAGCUGGUGCGUGGGAGAGGGCACCCUGGUGGCAACCAGGGCCCAUGCCAGAUAUGCUCAUGAACAGUGCAGUGCCACACGAGUUGUGCAGGCUGCAGCAAGCACAGGAAGAGCAAAACGGAGAAGGGGAGCAUCUGGAAAAGAGAUGGUGGAAUGGAAAAUUUAAAGUCCAGGUGCAAGGAAGUCCAAACAUCUGCAACCCACUGUAGCUUCAAAGCGCUUGGAUCCUUGAUGGGCACAGAUGGUCAUCAUGGGCACCAAAGUACAGACUUCAGCCCUGAGAGCAGCAGCUUGUUGAAAUUAGACCUUUUGCAGAAUAAGCCAGGAAAGAAGCAGGGUCUACAAGAGACCUAACAGGGACUUGGGCAAAGCAAACUUGAAAGAUUAUAAGAUGGCACCAUAACCAAGAUAAAGCCAACGCACACCCAACACCACACUGGUAAUUUAACCAGUGAUGGAGGAUUUGACAGAGGAAAAUAGCCUAGUGUGGGCUGGAGCACAAGGAAGCUAAUUACUAAGGCUGGGGAAGGAGGAGAGAGGGGGCUUUUUGGCUUAGGGAAAGCUGUGCCCAUCAUAAAUAGCUCAAUCAAUAAAGGCAUUCAUGAAUUCAAUCAUGUUUUUACAUUUCUACAGUAUCUCAAAAAAGGAAAAGUAAGAAAAGACAGAAAGAAAAAAUCAUGAUUUUUUGGAAUUACUUUGCAAAGCACCAGUUUCCUGAAAAAAGGUCUCCCUGCUACCAGCAGGGAAUCCAAGGCACAGAAACAUCCAGUAGCUGUGUGUGGCCCUGCUCAGCAAGGCAGUGGGAGCCCAGCCCCACUGAUCAGCCCCACCCUCCUAGACCAUGAUAAACCACCUGCUCUUCCCUGCAUGCAGCAGUUUCUGCCAUCAUGCUGGAGUGAGUUAUGGUGCCACAGUGUCUUUCAGCCAGGGACAGCUGUUGCCUUUUCACCAGCAUCUGACUAGCUCACUCCAGGGACACAGCCUGAGAACACGAGGCUGAGCUGUGUCACACCAGGCAGGACAGACACAUCUAACCAACUGCAAGACACCUGGGUGGCUGCACUGCCUUCUCCUCUCACAUAGGCUUCAACCUUUUUCCCCACCUGAAAACUUGGUGGAGGAGCCAUGUAUUGCUGCCCUCACAGACCAAGUUGAUACUGAGCUUCCCUCACCUCCUCCUUCCCCUUCCCAGGGACAAGCAAGUCUCCCUCCCACUCCUGGUGCCUCCAGAGGACCUCUGUUGGACAGCUGCAUGACAAGUUUUCCUGCUACAGGCUUGAUGCUUGGCUGUCAUGGCUGAUCACGCAGCAGAAUGUGCAUCCCAAGUUAGUGAA